AUGAUUGCACUGAAGAAACGACUUGGAAAAGGAUCAUACGGUAGCGUCUACAAAGGUGUAUUGCGAAAAGAUCGACAAGUAAUAGAUGUGGCUGUGAAAGUUCUGAGUGACAUGAGUCCAGAGAACUCGUUAGCGCUAUGGCGAGAAGCACGGGUAAUGCAAAUGUAUGAUCACCCACAUCUGGUGGCCGACUUUGGUCUUACGCGGAAGUCCAAGUCCUAUAAGGUAAAUCCAGAUAAGCCGAUGAAUCUACGAUGGCUUGCACCAGAUGUAUAUCACACUGGUAUUGUUGAAAAACAUACCGAUGUGUACGCGUUUGGAAUCACGAUGUGGGAAGUGUUUGAAAUUCCUUAUCAUAUACCAUAUCACAAAUGGGAUGCAGACGAAGUAACUAAGUACUGA